UGCGUUCUUUUUUUCUCCAGGAACUGCUUUUAGUUCUCACACAUCAUAACCGAGUCAGUGAACUCAUCUCCAGAUAUAUAUAUAUAUAUACAUAUAUAAACUCAGUAUAUAAACACACCCAACACUGAGAGUGAGGUUCUUCCUGAAGAAGAGAUGAAGACGCUGCACUUGUCUGUGAUUCUGCUCACGCUGUCCGGUGUUCUCACUCAGGACAGUGAUUGGGGUGUGAAAUAUCCAGUUAAUCUGACCUGUGCUGUGAGAGGAUUCAGUGUCUCCAUUCCCUGUAGUUAUUAUUAUUAUUCUUAUCCAACAUCAAAUCCCAGUAUUCAGGUGACACAAAAGCUUUGGUGCUCAAUGAACUCAAACACAGACAUAUGUAUGAACCCCCCGUAUGUUUAUAACAGCUCAUCAAUCACCACAUCAGACUUUGAGUACGCUGGAGACGACAAAUCAGACUGCACUUUGUUAAUCCACAAUGUACAGUUCAGUUAUUCUGGAGAGUACAGAUUCAGAUUUAUAACUAAUGUGCCCAGUGGAAGAUUCACAGGUAAACCUGGAGCGACUCUACAAGUUGCAGAUUUAAAGGUGUCACUAAUCAGGCUCAGUGGAAUCGGAACCCUUAAACAAGGAGACUCGUUAAAUCUGGCGUGUGAUAUGAACUGCACACAAAGUUCCUCACAGUUUGUGUGGUCUAAGAACAACGAGCGCUUGCCUGAAUCAGGACCCGUUCUUCACUUUCCUGCUGUAACCGUGAGGGAUUCUGGGAGUUACACCUGCACUUGGAAAACCAACAGGACGUCAGGAUCUGAAACGAUCAGCCUUCACGUCGAGGAUGAAAUUCUUGCAUGGCCGUUCUGCAUCAUUGGUGCUUUGGUGGCAGCUGGACUGAUUUUGGUAGUUGUGAUGUACAACAGGAGGUGCGUCCACACUGAUCAGCUGAAGGAGGACGAUUCAGACGUCUACACCACAGUACAGUACAAUACGUUCACCAUGAACUGAUCACACUUUCACACCUCAGUUACAGUUCAAAUGUUAAUUUUUCAUUUUAAACAGGUUUAAAGUGCUGAUCCUGGAGACUCCUUUCAUAAAUGUUAUAUAAACACUUCCUCACGAAAACCUUCAUCAUAUCAUCAAUAUAUCAAUAUAUCAAUUAUAUCAUAUCAAUUUUAAGAAUUUGUUUUUAGGAUUCGACAGGGCUGUGGUGUAAGGUUUGUUUUUAUUGUGCUACUGAUACUGAGCUUCACGUUUUCAUCACUUACUGCUUUAAACAAUCUUUACAUCUUUGAGUUAGUGUUAUAACGUAAUAGUUUCCUGCUUUUUUGCUUAUUGUUGUGUGGAAUAACUUGUUGAUAAGAGGUAUUGAAUGAAUUUGUGAUGAUGCAUGAAUGAUGUAAACCAUGUUUUUUUUUAAAACCGUGGCUAUAUCAUGUAACAUUUCUUAGUCAGCAAUAUUUAACAACAGAAACUGGAGUGAAACAGCAGGCGUGAUGUUACUGAUUAUUACUGAUUCAAGAACUUCAUUAUCAAAUGUAUAAACCUUCCUUGUACAAUGAAAUUCUUAGUUCGUAUGCUUUCACAGAUGCUGCAGUGAAAAAAGUUAAAUAGUAACAAAUAAAACAACAAAAUUGUUUAGACGUUGUUCAAAGUAAGCUGGAACAAAAUCAAAAUGUGACCUAAAAUUUGGAAUUAUAAGAAUUAUUCAACAUGAAUAACAGCGGAAUUAAAUAAACCUAUAUAAAGUAAACUCUUGGUUAUAUUUACAUGAGGUUUUGUCCAGUUUAACAUAACGGGUAACUUCUGUAUUGAUGACUAAAGCGAGUUCACUAUAUCAUAAUGUUCAUUGUUAAAGUAACAUGUUUAUCUGCUUUGGUUUGACUUUCAUGUGAAUCAAGGUUUUAUAAUUUAUUAAACUGAAUCCUCUAGUAUCUAGUCUGAUCUUUGAGGAAAUGAAUGGAUAA